CUCUUCUAGAUCUCUCUCUCUCUCUCAAGGGUCUGUACAUGAGAUUUGAGUCCACGGGCACACUCUCUUUUUGAUUGAUAUUCAUUGCUUGGUCACAAUUGCUCCAAGAUCACUAACCCUGCCUCCUGCGUUACGAAAGCGAUUCGAUAACUCACUUGGUCCUAGAAUUCGAUUCUUUGGCUGCAAAAUACGAAGAGCGAGAGUUGGUCAAUGGAAGAUGUUUGUGGUUUCCUCUGCACUUCUAAUUGUUUCUUAGGUGGUUAUUUCCAAGUAAGAAUCCCUAUGCAUGUGGAAAGAUAUCAGUGACGAGGACUAAAACUCCAAGGCCAUGGAUUGCUCUUAUGAGACACUGAACGGGGAUGAAUCCGCCGAACCUGGGCGCAAGAUCAUCAGACAGCCUCCAUACCAAGCCUGCAGCAAGCUAUUAUCUCCUUGGUUUGAUCUAAGGGUCUUCUAUGUGAGGAUCAGCAAUUGUGAGGUUGACAAUUCGACCCCCGAGCAUCUCACACUCAAUCAUAUCCCGCUGAACCCAGAUACCCUCCUUGAAGUUAACGGUGUGAGAAGUGGCAUCUACACAGAAGGUGUCUCCUCCCUACUUAGAAGGGAUCGAGUUGAUAAGAAUUCUGAGGAAGUCACAUUUGUGAGCACAGAUAGUAUAAGGAUGACUGGGAGUGUGAAAUUUGAUGUUUAUGAUAAAGACGAUCUCAUAAUCUCUGGGGUCUUGGAGAUGUCAAAUGGCAAUGGCUUUAAUGGAGAAUCAAAAAACCAUAGCAAGCGAUGGAGCAUGAAUUGUGAAUCAUAUGUAGUUGCAGGCACAGGUUUCUUGAAAGGAAAGCAACACAUGGGUCCUGAAUUACCUUUGCCAACUAUUGAGGUUUAUGUGGCUGGUUGUUUCUCUGGCACUCCAAUCAUCUUAACAAAAACUCUGCAGCUUUGCCUUCGAAAGAAGCAUGCUAGGAAGGGUACGUUGGAUUCAAUCCCAGAGUAUGAGACAACUGAGUGCAAAAAAGAUGAUCCUUCUGAACUCGACUACCAGAUGGCGGAAUACCAUUACAGACCAGAAAGCUUGGAAGAUUAUAACUUUCUGUACUCGGGGGAAGAAUACAUAGAAAAUGAUGAAGGUGAACUCUCAUGGUUCAAUGCUGGUGUGAGGGUAGGUGUUGGGAUUGGGCUUGGCAUUUGUCUUGGACUUGGAAUAGGAGUAGGUGUGCUGAUCCGCACAUACCAAGCAACCACCAGAAACUUCAAAAGGCGGCUUGUGUAAACCACGCUCAAUUUGUUCAUUCAAUUUUAUUCUACUCCCCCCCACCCCCUCCCCCAAAAAAAAAAAAAUUUCCAAGAAUCUAACUUAAUUACGUUCGUUCCUGUCUUCCUGACAUGUAUCCCCACUUUGAAGUGGUUACUAAUAAGUACCUGAUACAGUCCUUUGUCGCUUUGUAUGCCUUUGUGAAAUUAUGUAUCUAUUAAACAAGGCUA